CUUCAAAUUUAUUCAUAUAUUCGAAUCACCUAUUUGGUAAUUCGGAUCUCUCCCUUCCUACUCUAUCUAAAUUCGUCCGUCCUUCUCGUUUUUUUCUCGUCACUUUCUCUCUCCAACUCUCUGCCCCCCCCCACUUCUGCGCCCAUGUCUCAAAAAGGAACCAGCCCUCGACUCUGGCGCCUGCCUUAACUUGAAGCUCGCCAUACAGCACUUGCCAAUGCCUCCCCGCGCUCUUGCUUCUGCACCUCUGGCUCAACACACAACGGUAAUAUGUCAGCUUUUCUUUGACCCCGCCGUCCCGAGACCGGGUCGCUGCUUUGGAGUGUUUACAAGCUCGUCAUUUCUCAAACUCGUCAUUUCUCAAACUCGUCAUUUCUCAAACUCAUCAUUUCUCACCAAGUACACCCCAUUUCACCUCACACCCCCAUUCUGCGUCUCUAUCUUCUCCUAUCGAUUCAUGGACAAUCCCCGGUAUGCACCUGAGCGGCGGAAACCGGCCCAGCCUGCGGACAACGGAUGCGACAGCCCUGCACGGCGGGGUGGGGGAGAUGCUGCCGAGACACGAGUCAGAUCUCACAUUAAGGCGCCGGAGAAUGGAUAUGUCUACGAUUGGUUGGCACAGCUUGCCACGGAACAACUGGCACAAACGCAAUCUCCUGCAUAUUAUCCUCCGAUCGUUUUGCCUGAGACAGGCGGGUUUAGACAUCCUUCUCCCAAACGAUACGAUGAAACUGUCGCAGACGAAAGAACCCACAAGGAAAAAAGGCGUGAUUCAUCUGAUUCUUCAUUGGUCCAACCAGCGUACGAGAGGAAAGAGCUGCCACCGCGAGAGACGACGAUUGGUCAUUUUUCCAAGCAAGCCAAGAAACAUAGGCAGCCUGCAUCAUCAACCACAGACGACAGCCAAUCUGAGCCUGAUCAACCACAGCGCAAAGAAACGUUUGAGAAGAGGAACCGUCAUAAGACAAAAGAAGACCGAUACGAGUCCAAGAAGGCGAGGAAGCAUGUUGUCGAGGAUGUCAAACCGGCGAAGAAGAAGACCAUCAAAGUGAAAAGGGGCGAUGCUGCGAAAGCGUCCAAGAAGGCCGGGGAAGAUCUGAUAAAUGGAUGCAGACCGAAAAAUGUGUCGCAGGAUCGGUUGACUAUACGUCCUGGUACGGGCAUAUUCAAGAAUGGUCGAGCGUCAUCUCCUUCCCGCAAUCGUGGCUUGCCUGAUUUGGCGUUUUCGGAGAUGCAAUUCUUGAAGCAGUCAAGCCGGAAGCCCCUUGAAAGCGAAAAGGAGCUAAUUAUAUCCAAGUCAGGUCAGAAAACCAAGCGCGAGAGGGAGAGGGCAAGAAAUGAGAUCUCCAACUAUUUUAUCCCUGGCCGACAACCUCUCCAGGAGGCCAAUAUUAACCAUGGAAGGGAAGCCUCGAUCCUGCCUUCAGAUGCGGGCAGAACUGAAGCCACUUCUAUUGUCAGAGGACAUCACUCUCACCCGCCCGUGUCUCCGGAAGAGGAUCAUAGGAACGAGAUGGUGCUCUAUGAAGACUUCAGUACGAGGAGGUCGAGCCCUCAGAAGUUUACUCUACCCAAGCCAAAACUUGACCAGAUAUUUGUCCCACGGCAUACUACGGCUUCAAGCAAAUCGACGAGUUACUGUACGUGGUCAGAAUCAGUUAGGUCUCCAAUCGUGCGUGCCAAAGCUAUGGUGGCAGAUGCAUCUCGAAAUAAAAGACGCGUGUCGCCAACUUCUCAUCAAAGGACGCGCCGUGAUGAUGAGGAUGCCCAAGUAGUCAUGAGCAAGCAGUUGAGGCUAGCUAAUACUUCAUCCGUUCGAAACGACCAGGAUCACACAGAAUGCCAGGACGAGGACAUCAUCCAUCAGUUUCAGGCCGACAGGGCAGUACUUUAUGACUGCGAGCCUCAUAGGGGUUCUAAACGGCCACAUAAAGACAACCCGGGGAGGCAUGUGGAGUCAUUGCACACGAGGAUUCCUGUUGAUACAAACCAUGACGCAGACCAUGCUAAACAAAUCAUGGUAGAGCAACGCACUCAGACCAACAAGGACGCAGUUGAUCGGACUGAUGGGUCUGUUUCUCCAGCUCAGCCAUAUCCCAACCUCGACGUGCAGUAUAUCAUGUCCCGAGCUGUGCGUGCUCAGCAAGCAUAUAUAAAUCGGCGGCCGACUCCGAAAGUUGCUGCUGAGGAAGCUGGAGGUGCUUCCGAUGUUCGAGCUCCAGCUGCAGAUGUACAAAAUACUAGGGAUUCUGGUGCUUUGAAGGAAAAUGCCGAGUCUCCUAAGAUUGGACUGACAGAGCAGCACGGAGAUAGCGACGCAAGGCUUCUAUUAUCGGGACUCGAUGGCAGGCGAGAUGAGAUCACCAGCCAGCCAGGGCAAGGUCGGUUGUGUGGCCCUAUGCCGGAGUCUAAUCUGCCAGUCCAUGGGCAAACCCAGAGCGAAUAUAUCGACGCUGCUGGGCAUCAGCCAAAUGAACCUGACGAUAGCUGGGGCUACAUAACUGGCGAGCACGAUUUACGCCAGAUCGAGAAUAUUGCUACACCUGGAGAUAUUGAACCACCACAGUUGAUGAUCCCCACCCGCGGAUUCUCUACAGGCACCGUCGAUGUACCACCAGUUCAAUCGCGAACCAUAUCCCCACUUGAGACCAUGGAGCCGAUUUACGGCCGGCAACUUCAGAGUCAGGCAUUCAAUGCGCAGGAAGACCAGCGUGGGUUAUAUAAUCCGCAGGAACAAGGGCAGAGUGCUACUUACCUUUACGAUGGAGGCCAGUGGGAGAGAGAACCUCUCAACGCUGAGGCUCAAGAAUACAAUUCCAUUGAGAUGGAGGACGGCCAAGUUAACUACGGUGAUAUGUACGAGGGGCAACAGGAUGGGCUAGAUCUUAUCGACGAGAGCAUGUACUACGGGGAGGAGUUGCCCUUUGAUUCGGAAGCGCAGAUUCACAGUGCAGCCGACGACAUGCUUUUCUACACCCCGACAAGCGGGCCUGGCGCAGAAUAUCAAUGGAUGCCGAGGCAGCGAACAUAUUUCAACGCAGCUGCGAAUCAAGCACCGGGCAUCAGAUCAUGGGAGAGGGUGCAAACAGCUGCGGUUGCUCAAGAGCUGACGAUGCAGUUCUGGCAGCCGAGGAGGGGGUAUUGAUUGACCUGUUUUAAUCCUGUUUACUUUUACCGCGCGUAGUAUGAGUGUAUAGGCAGUUCUAAUCCAGGAAACAUGAAUUGAAUUCCUUCUCUGAACAAAAA